CAUGUUUCCCUCUCUUCCCCUCCCCCCACACCCCCCAAAAAAGAUUCUGCUGUUUCCUGGAAGAGUCUUCAGUUCUCCAUGACAUAAAGAAAAACUGCUGGAAUUUGGUCCUGCUGCUGACAAGAUACAAUCAGUCUGCAAAAUGAAGAUUUUGGGGGUUUUCAUUCUUUGUAGAAGCCAUGAAGAUUGUGAACUGAAGUAAAACAUUCAGAGUGGAAACUGAUUUUAAGGAUUAUGUUUACAACAAAUUAAUACCAUCAAGAGAGAAACACUUUUCAGAAUAAAGUGUCUUAAAAAAAAGAGAGAGACUAUUUAUGCUGAAAGAAAACUGGAUUAAAAAUGAGGCCAAAGACUUUUCCUGCUACAACUUAUUCUGGAAACAGCAGACAAAGGUUACAAGAGAUUCGGGAAGGUUUAAAGCAGCCUUCUAAAUCUUCAGGUCAGGUGUUACCUGUUGGACCAGGCAGUGAAACUUCUCUGGACCCUAAAAUCUUAGUAGGGAAAGAUGCUGCCAGGCAGCAGCAAAUGAGACCAACAGCCAAGUUCGGACCUUAUCAAAAAGCACUGCGAGAAAUCAGAUAUUCCUUAUUGCCUUUUGCUAAUGAGUCGGGCACCUCAGCAACUAUAGAAGUAAAUAGGCAGAUGUUACAGGAAUUGGUGAAUGCAGGCUGUGAUCAGGAGAUGGCUGUAAGAGCACUGAAGCAGACAGGCAGCAGGAGCAUUGAAGCAGCUCUGGAAUACAUCAGCAAAAUGGGCUACCUGGAUCCUAGGAAUGAGCAGAUUGUGCGUGUGAUUAAGCAGACCUCGCCAGGGAAGGGGAUGGUGCCAAAUAACGUAACCCGCAGGCCAAGUUUUGAAGGAUCAAACGAGUCUUUUCCGUCCUAUCAUCAGAUUGGCAAUGCAACCUAUGAAGGGACAAGCUUUGGUGCAGAAGGUGCAGACAUGCUCAGUGAUGUUCCAAGGCCAUACAUGGACUAUUUAAUCUCUGCUUCACAGUCCGCAGCCCUGAACUCUCCUGUACAGAGACCUUCAGCAGUGGGCUCUCACAGUGCUCCUGGAAGCCAUCAGCAUCAGCAGAAAACAUACUCUGCAAAUAUAGACUCCUCUGUGAUUAAUUACCCAGGGGCUAAUCAUGGCAGCCAAGCUCUACAGCUACAGGUCACGCAUGGCCCAAACAGCCCACAUUACAGCAGGCAGCACAUGAUGGUGCAGGGGGAACCGAUGGGAUAUGGCAUUCAGCGGACUCCAUCGUUCCAAAACAAAAUGCAGCAGGAGGGAGGAUAUGCAAAUCUCCCGAAUAAAGGGACGGUUGUUCAGAAUAACUCUGGUCAUGCAUUUCAGCAGGCACCAGCGAGUCUGUAUAUACCACAUUCUCAUCACAAACAAACAAGUCCUUCCUCUCAUCAAAUGCAUGUGAUAGCCAGAGGUUCAGCCUUUGCUAAUGAUUUUUCAGAUAGUCCACCACAGAGCUUAUUAACUCCAUCUCGAAAUAGCCUAAACAUGGACCUGUACGACAUGAAUAAUCCUCAAGUUCAGCAGUGGCAAACAGCAACACCGUCACGCCGUGAUUCUUUACAAAGCCCAGGAAUAGAAACAUCUCCACGGCAACAUGUAACCUUCAGACCAGAUGCCACAGUGCCAAGCAGAACAAACUCCUUUAACAAUCACCAACAACAGCCCCAAGUGUCUGUAUCUAUGAGACAGGUUCCCCCAGGCAAAUCUGAUGCCUCAAUUACAUCUCCAAAUACCAUCACAGCAGUCACAUCUGCUCAUAUUCUCCAACCGGUGAAGAGCAUGAGAGUGAUGAGACCUGAACCUCAAACUGCGGUAGGGCCUUCCCAUCCUGGCUGGCUCCCUGCACAAACUCCAGCGGUGGAUGGCUUAGAAAUUAUUGAACCCCAUCAGCUUCCCAUUGGAGGAGCUAAUGCCUACCAACUAGAGGUUGAUUACAGCAGCCAGGAGCCCAGAUGUCCUCCACCACCGUAUCCUAAGCAUUUGUUACUUCCCAGUAGCUCUGAGCAGUUUGAUAUCAACUGCUUGUGUAUGGGUGUAGAACAGACCCUUCGGGGGGUUCCCACUUCAACGUGCAGUAAAGCUGAGGAAAAUGGUGAAAGGAAUGACAAAAGCGGCAAGAAUGCUAAAAUAGAAAAACCAGGCAAGGAUAAAAAGCAGAUCCAGACAUCUCCUGUGCCAGUGCGGAAAAAUGGCAAAGAUGAAGAAAAAAGAGAAUCCCGUAUUAAGAGCUAUUCACCAUUUGCCUUCAAGUUCUACAUGGAACAACAUGUAGAGAAUGUCAUAAAGACCUACCAACAAAAAAUUAACAGGCGGCUGCAGCUGGAGCAAGAAAUGGCCAAAGCUGGUCUUUGUGAAGCAGAACAGGAGCAAAUGCGGAAAAUUCUCUACCAAAAGGAAUCUAACUACAACAGACUGAAGAGGGCCAAAAUGGACAAGUCCAUGUUUGUAAAAAUCAAGACCCUAGGGAUCGGCGCUUUUGGGGAGGUGUGUCUCGCCUGCAAGGUGGACACUCAUGCCCUUUAUGCCAUGAAAACUUUGAGAAAGAAGGAUGUCCUGAAUCGUAAUCAGGUCGCUCAUGUCAAAGCGGAAAGGGAUAUACUCGCUGAGGCAGACAAUGAAUGGGUGGUUAAACUCUAUUACUCAUUUCAAGAUAAGGAGAGUUUGUACUUUGUGAUGGACUACAUCCCCGGUGGGGAUAUGAUGAGUCUGUUGAUACGGAUGGAAGUCUUCCCAGAGCACCUAGCUAAGUUUUAUAUUGCAGAGCUCACUUUGGCCAUAGAGAGUGUACACAGAAUGGGAUUUAUCCAUAGAGACAUCAAGCCUGACAACAUUCUUAUAGACCUUGAUGGACAUAUUAAACUGACUGACUUCGGGCUCUGCACCGGAUUCAGGUGGACCCACAAUUCCAAAUACUAUCAGAAAGGGAGCCACAUCCGACAGGACAGCAUGGAGCCCAGUGAUCUUUGGGAUGACGUGUCCAACUGUAGGUGUGGAGACAGGCUGAAGACCUUGGAACAAAGAGUUAAAAAACAGCAUCAGAGAUGUUUAGCCCACUCAUUAGUUGGGACCCCUAAUUACAUUGCUCCUGAAGUGCUGCUUCGUAAAGGAUACACUCAACUCUGUGAUUGGUGGAGCGUUGGUGUGAUUCUCUUUGAGAUGUUAGUGGGGCAGCCUCCCUUUCUGGCUCCCACUCCCACAGAAACCCAACUAAAGGUAAUAAACUGGGAGAGCACCCUGCACAUUCCCUCACAGAUCAAGCUGAGCCCUGAGGCAAGUGAUCUUAUCACAAAACUGUGCUGUGCUGCUGAGGACAGACUUGGAAGAAAUGGAGCAGAUGAUAUUAAGGCCCACCCUUUCUUUAAUUCUAUAGAUUUCUCCACUGAUAUCCGCAGGCAGCCAGCUCCCUAUGUUCCAAAGAUCAGCCAUCCAAUGGACACCUCAAAUUUUGACCCUGUUGAAGAAGAAAGUCCUUGGAACGACGCUAGUGGUGACAGUACCAGGACAUGGGACCCACUUUCCUCUUCAAACAGCAAACACACAGAACAUGCGUUUUAUGAGUUUACUUUCCGAAGGUUCUUUGAUGACAAUGGAUAUCCAUUUAGAUACCCCAAGCCUUCUGGAAUCGAAGUUAGCCAGCCUGAGAAGUGUGAUGUAGAAAACAAAGAUGUGGUGGAUCAGACUGGAGCCUGCCAACCUGUAUAUGUGUAAAUUAUUGUACAGAGUACUCCAAAUGAUCUUAUUUGCAAGUCCCAGAGGGCCUUUAGCUGACCCCUUAGGACCCAACCUUGCAGCUCUUACUCAAGCACAGCUCCAGUUGAGGCCAUGGUGCAUCUGGGGAGUUGAGAGCCUGCAGGGCCAGGUCCUAAAUGGGCACUCUUUUUUGUUCAGGUCAGUUUUAUUGUAAAUAGCUAUGCUGAUAAAUGACACUUGAAAGCCUGGUCUUCACCGCUAUCUGCAAGGCCAGCGAUCUGUCAUUUCUAGGCCUAUUUUUUGUUUGAGGUCAGCAUCCCCCUACUCUGAUCAGCAUGUACGGACUUCCACAACUUUCCACAUUAUUUUUUAAAUGAAUAAAGAGCACUUAUAUUUUGUUUAUAGCAAGGGUUUUUUUCCUACUAAAUUAUAGGGAUUAACUUUGACAAAUCAUGCUGCUGUUCUUCUUUUCUACAUUUUUAUUUUAUCCAUAGCACUUAUUUCACAUUUAGGAAAAUGCAUAAAACUGAAGAACAUGUGAUAAAAGGUCUCUGUGCAAUAAUGUAAAAAAGAAAAAACUCUGCUCUCUAAUUUUCUAAAUUUACUGAUGCCAUUUUAUUCACACCAUGAUUUUUGUUUCCAUAUAUGUAUUUUCCACAUUUCAAAAUUGUGACAUAACCUUAAAGCUGCUUUAUUUCCUUCUGCUUAUUGGAGUGUAAAAGAAAGUGUGAGCAAGUGACAAUUUGGGUGUGAUUUCAUUGUCUGGUGUGUGAAGAAUGUUGCAUGAGCAGUGGUUUUUUUCUAUAUGAAAUGGCCUUUUCUUGCCAUCCACGGGCAGGUCCUGUGGAUCCAUUUUUACUGAGGGUCUAAAAUUAGACCAUUUUAAACAGUGUGUUGAUAAUGUGUUGUGUGGAUGAUUUCCCCUUAUGAUUGUAGCCAAUAUUAUUUUUGGAAAACAGAUUGCAAAGUUAUAACUCAUUAAUAGUUGUUGUGGUCUGAUAAAAUAGAUCAUUUUUAGUAAACAGGUAUCAUCUGCACCCUCCCCCCCCCCCACAAGAUACAUAGCAAGACCAUUAUUUCAGUGUUAAUUUACUGCAACAGUCUUGAUUUAGCUCAUUCACACAGCACCCACUGCACAAUGUUCAGUAUUUAAAACUUUGCCAUUUAAUACUAUCAGUAACACAGUGUUCAUAUUAAGAUAUUUGAGUCAAAAUUUUCAAACCAUAGUGCCUACUGUUAGGAUUCUAAAUCUACCUUGGGGCUCUCAAAUGAAAGUAGACUGACUUUAUGAAAGGUGUUAAAUAUCUGCAACUCCCAUUAAUUUUUUCAGGAUAUGGGAUUGCUUAGCAUUUCAAAAAAUCAGGCCCCUUCUAAUUACAGUGUUCAAAUGAAUAUUGAGAAGCCUAACUUUAAGGACCAGUGUUUGAAAGUGUUGGCAUUGUUGAAAAGUUAUAAUAUUCUAUUGUCUCUUUCAAUCAAAAUUUUGCUGUGAUGGAACACAGUAGUCCUUCAUUUCUAUCAAAUUAUAGGCAUACUUUGAAAUGUCAGUUCUUAACUUUGUUAAAAUAUGCAUUUUUCUUAUAUGUAUAAGUGAGGAUUAUUCAAAGUGAUAUUGGAAUACUAAAAAGAAUUAAGCCAUACAUAUUUGCAUAUAUAUUAUAUAUAACUAAAUAGAUAAACACAAAAAAUCUUUAAUUCAGAUUAGUGUAACAGUCCUAUUUAAAGUGGUUGACGUAACAACACUUGAGGAAAACACUCCUUCAAUGUGUUUUUGCUUUACUUUUUUUAAAAUCUGGAUCUUCAUAAUUUUUCCAUAUAUUAUUCCACAUAUUAUUCCUUAAUGUUUUUUAGCAUAUCAUAUCCUAUCCAUUGUUUAGCUAUCUAAGCAACAUCAUCUAUAAAUUCAUCAACCUAACCUAAACAAAAAUGAUUGUGUAUUUGUUUACAUUGGUAUGAAAGGAGUGGUCUGAGGUAUGCAGUGCUUGUGUUGUGACAGUUCAUGUAAGAUUCAGUAUUACUGCUUUUUUAUAUAGCAAUGCCAUUUUUGUUAUUUACAUCUAUCCGACAUUCUUUCGUGUGGUAGGUUCUUUCUCAGGAACUCAAUUUAACUGUUAUUUAUUGUUAUAUCAUUGCCCUUGAAAGCUUCUACUGGCACAAUUUAUUAAAAAUUUGAAUCAAAAGUUA